AUCAAAUAGCAAAAAUUCUCCUCAUUUAAUUAAUAUCUUCUCUCAGAUCAAUCUGCAGACGCAAAGAAGAAGAAGAAGAAGAAGGAGUAGAAUUAGGUUUUUGUUCCAUUGAUCGGGAAGAAUUUUCUUGAGAUGUUUUGAUCUUUGUUGAAGACUCAUUAAUGGCUUCGAGAAUUGCAGUGCAACUGAACAGAGCCGAGGGAGCAGUUCCUGAAGGUGGGAUUAAGCAGAAGAACAUGGCAGCCGUUCAAGGAGGAAGAAACCGGCGAGCACUUGGAGAUAUUGGGAAUCUUGUAACUGCUCAUGCUGUUCUUGAAGGCAAACCCCUUCCUCACAGACCAGUGACUAGGUUGUUAAUUAUUUUCCCAUCUCUUUUGCUAUAUUUCAUUUCCAUUCAUAGUUGUUGAUAGAUUUAUAAUGUCCCUUAUUUUUCCUGUUUGCGUAGGAGUUUCCAUGCUCAAAUGCUAGCUAAUGCUCAGGCAGCAGCUGCAGAAAACAACAAGAAAUGUCUGCCAGUUGAAGUGGAAAAUGAAAGAGUUUUUGGUGCCAAGGCCAAGAAACCAGUUCAGAGAAGACCUGUUGUUAAGAAUAAGCCUAAGCCAGAGGCUGUUAUCGACAUAAGUUCUGAUUCGGAGCAAGUGAAGGUGGUAGACAAAAGGGAGAAGAGAACAAAUGGUGGCAAGAAAGCAGCACCAACUCUCAGUUCUACUCUCUCAGCAAGAAGCAAAGCUGCAUGUGGUUUGAACAAAAAAACCAAGGAUGUAACGGUAGUAGAUAUUGAUGCUGCUGAUGUGAACAAUGAGUUAGCAGUUACAGAGUAUCUAGAUGACUUGUACAAAUUCUACAAGAUUGCUGAGAAAGAGAGCAGAGUUGGUGACUAUAUGCAUUCUCAACCCGACAUUGAUGACAAAAUGAGGGCAAUUCUGAUUGAUUGGUUGAUUGAAAUUCAUCGCAGAUUUGAACUUAGCCAAGAGACUCUUUACCUUACCAUCAAUAUAAUUGAUAGGUAUCUUGCCAUCAAGGCUACUCCAAGGAAGGAGCUACAGUUACUUGGUAUGGGUGCAAUGCUUGUUGCUUCAAAAUAUGAAGAAAUCUGGGCACCUGAGGUGAAUGACCUUGUAUGCAUCUCAGAUGGAGCUUAUACUCACGCUCAGGUGCUCACCAUGGAAAAAUGCAUUCUUGGUGAAUUGCAAUGGACUUUGACAGUUCCAACACCAUAUGUGUUCCUGGUGCGCUUCAUCAAAGCCGCUAUUCCUGACUCGGACAUUAUGGAGACCAUGGUUUACUUCCUUGCAGAACUUGGGGUGAUGAAUUAUGCAACCAUCACUUACUGUCCAUCAAUGAUUGCAGCCUCAGCAGUCUAUGCAGCUAGAUGCACCCUCCAAAAGACACCUCUUUGGGACGAAACUUUGAAACUCCACACGGGUUUCUCUGAGUCACAACUAUUGGACUGUGCGAAGCUACUUGUCACCUACCAUGCUAUGGCUGCAGAUCACAAGUUGAAAGCAAUCCACAAGAAGUACUCGAGCAUCGAAAGGGGAGCUGUUGCCAUAUUGCCUCCUGGAAAAUCUCUUUUGGAGUUGGCAUAGUUAGUAGAUUAACAGAGAAAAUGGUGGACUAGUUUUUCUGGAAGGGUGUGUGUAUAAAUUCAAAGCUUGCUUGAAAUGUUGGAUGUAAAGUUCACUGGAGGAACAAUUUAUUAGGUGUAUCUCCUUGCAGCUAGGUAAGGAGGAUUUUUCUUGUGCAUAGUUAUUUUCCUGGUGAAAUAUCAGUAUCAAGAUCUUCAAUUCUGGUUCCUAAAGGCUAUGUUACCCAGACUCUUCUAUUUGAGGAGAAUACCCGUGUCGUGUAGUGUCUGACACUAGUGUGGGUAUGAGUGUCGGGUGUGACAUUUUAGCCUAAAAUGUCCAAGAUUUCUAAAAUAUUGACGAGUCG